AUGAUGGUCCCUAUGGCUCCAGCGGCUCCAGCGGGUCCAAUGGGUCCAAUGGGUCCAAUGGGUCCAAUGCCUCCAGUGGCUUCGGAGGCUCCCCUGGCUCCGGUUGCUCCAGAAAGACAAGGUAUGCCUGGUGCCCCAGGUGUCGUCAUAACUGUACCAGCGUCAUCGCAGCCGUCUGCGUCCCCAGCACCUUUGGCUUCUCUGGACCCCCCUGCACCUCCAACUCCACACAAUUACCAGCAAUAUUCUCAAUAUGCAUCUCUUGGUGCAACAAAGCAAUCUCCACAUCAACCUGCUCCUCUUCCUGCAUCUACACUGACGCAUCCCGUUGACCUUUCAAGCAGGAGACCUUCUAGAGCUCCAAAGCGUGCCUCGUUUAUGUCAGGCCCCAUUUCUUCCAACACCUCUUUCUCUCCCGUUCACCACAAAGUCAGUGCAUUUGUCGCAAAGCUCUAUGCCAUGCUGUGCGAUCCAGAGCUCUCCCACCUAAUCUGGUGGAGUCGCCUCGAUGAAGGCGAUUCAGUAACUUUCGCAUUAUUACCAGGUUCUGAGUUUGCUAGCUCUCUCUCCUCUUACUUCAAGCAUGGAAACGUUGCCUCUUUUGUGCGUCAGUUGCAUAUGUAUGGUUUCCACAAAGUGUGUGAUAGCAGUCCUCCUCCUGCACCUCCUGUGCCGAAAAAGGAACAUCACGAGUACAUUGAUUCAAAAUCUAACAUCUCUGAUGACACACAGAAAAGUUCCCCAGAUUCGACGCCUCAUCCCGUUUGGGAGUUUCGACAUUCCAGCGAUAAAUUUCGCAGGGGUGGCGAAGCAUCUCUUUACUUAAUACGGAGGCGUCCUACUGCUUCACGGGCCACCUCUACUACAACCAAGGCUGCUGCUGGACAGUCUGCCAUUGGUGACAGGUUUGGUUCUAUGGGGCAGUUGGAUCAACUGGAUCAGAUGGAUCGUCUGGGUUCUGUGGGUCCCGUGGGUCAAAUGGUUCCUAUGGGGCCGGUUGGGCCAGCUACUCUUAUGGGUCCUAUGGGUCCUAUGGGUCCUAUGCCUAUGGGUCCCCUGGGUCCUAUGGGUACUAUACCUAUGGGUCCUAUGCCUAUGGGAAAUAUGGGACCUAUGGGUCCUAUGGGGCCUAUGGAUGGAGCAGGUCCUAUAGGUCCUAUGGGAUCCGUGCAGAUGGGUCCUGUCACGCAAUUCACUCCUAUGGGUCCUAUGGGUCCGGUUCGUGUAAGCUUCGAAAUGGCGGGUGCUCCCGGAUCCAUGAAUGCUAUGCAGGUAGGACCUUCAGGUCUUAUGCAGAUGAGCCCAUCUAAACCCCCUGCAGGCUCUAUUCCGCGCCAACCUCUGCUCCCUCUUCUGCUCCUUCUUCUGCUCCUUCUGGGGCUGUGUCCAUCUAUUAUGCAUCUGCACCUCCUCCUUCAGCUGCACCUGGUCCUGCAUCUGCACCCCCACCUCCUGCACAGUAUUCUGUUCAACAACGCCAACUGCCAUGUGAUAAUACAAGUUUCUCCUUCCGGCCGGCCUCUCGUCGCAGGUAUCCCUCAUUAA